AUGGACGAAAAACCUUUCAGAGCAUCUUUGGGCAGCCGUGCCUCAGACAUGUCGAGCCCAGAGGACAUCCGGAAUCUGUGGACCAGGGCCACGCUGUCGCAGCCGAAGCUGAAUGGGCCCUGGUCCAGUGUUGGAGAGGACUCGGACAUGGAGGGCAGCAGCGUCGGCAGCAAGUCUCGCCCAUGGUACAACCAGAAGGCCAGAGGCGACUCGGACGGUAUUUGGGAAGAAUGGGAUAUCAGAGAGGACAAGGACAGUUUCAAACAGGAGGAUCUGGACAAGCCCUCCUUGCUGGAGCUGGAGCUAAGUCGGGCCCGCUCCCUGGGAAGCCGUUUAGAGGAGCAGGACGGUGAUUCCAAGGAGUCCAAGACCGACACCGAAAUGUCUUCCUCAGAGUCAUCGCUCAAUAUCUCAAAGCACACACCCCAUCGAGCCUACUGGAUGGAGCAACAGAACAGGCUGCCACUGCCUCUGAUGGACCUCAUGGAGAAUGAAGCUCUGGAAAUCCUCACCAAAGCCCUCAGGAGCUACCGGUCAGGUAUUGGCCGGGACCACUUCCUGACCAAGCAGCUGCAGCGAUACAUCGAGGGACUCAGGAGGCGCCGGAACAAGAGGCUGCGCCUCUUGAUGCACUGAGAGCACCGCCUCGGGCUCCGGCUGGAGUGACAGAGAAGCCGGCUCCAGUCCCUGGGCCCCCGGCCGGUCCCCAGACCCAAGCCCGACCCUGUCCACAUGGAAUUUGAGUCC